AUGACACUUUUUCUAUCAAUAAAGAACACACACUCCCAAAGGCAAUACCUAGAAGGUGAACUGUCAAUUAAGAAAAUGUAUGAGCUAUAUGAAGAAUUUGUAGCAGAAAAGGGUUUAAGCCCUGUAAAAUUUCACAAAUACCGUGAAAUUUUCUGUACAGAGUUCAAUUACUCUUUUAUUAAGCCAGUAAAAGAUUUAUGUGAUCUUUGUGCCGAGGUAGAUUUAAAGAAAAAAGAAAAUAACCUUAGUGAUGAAAAGAGAUAUGAAUAUGAGAGACAUAUUAAAGAAAAGAACCUUAUGAGAGAAGAGAAGAAAGCAGACAAAGAAAGUGGCAUACCAAUUCUGAAUAUUUUGACCUAG